UAUUCUACACCGAAAUACAGUAAAAAAAAAAAGCCUCUGAGUCUGAAGGGGUAGUGAAAAAAGAGUAAAGAGAAAGAAAGGAGGAGUGAUCGGAGAGACUACCAAAGAUGACAAGCAGCAUGAGCCAUCAAGCUGAUCAGCAAAUGGUUCUCAUUUCUCAGUAUUAUCCCGGUAUAUAUUCUCAACUGGCGCCUGCAGAACAAGGGGAAGUGAAAUCACGAAGACGUCGUAAGAAGAACAGAGGAGGAGAGAGCAGCAGCAGUGGCGUGAGGAAGAGGAAGCUGAGCCAGGAACAAGUGAAUCUUUUGGAGAUCAACUUUGGAAGUGAGCACAAGUUGGAGUCGGAGAGGAAAGACAGGCUUGCCUCAGAGUUGGGGCUUGACCCUCGCCAGGUGGCAGUUUGGUUUCAGAACAGAAGGGCUCGAUGGAAGAGCAAGAAGCUGGAGGAAGAGUACUCCAAACUCAAGUCUGAACACGAGAACACUGUCGUCGAGAAAUGCCGCCUUGAAACUGAGGUUCUGAAGCUGAAAGAACAAGUGUCUGAAGCUGAGAAGGAGAUACACAGGCUGCUGGAGAGGUCAGAUGGGGUUUCAAGCAACAGCCCGAGUUCAUCAUUCUCAAUGGAGGCAAUAGAGCCACCAUUUUUGGGGGAGUUUGGAAUGGAAGGAUUCGAGAAUGUCUUUUACGUGCCGGAAACCAAUUACGUUAACGGAUUGGAAUGGGUCAACAUAUAUAAUAUGUAACUAUUGGUAGCAGUAUUAAUUUAGUAGUAACUAAUAUUGAUUGUAUAUGUAGAGAUAGUG